UCAGCUGCCCGAAUCAACAAUAGCUCACUCUCUGUAAGAUAAAUGCGGACGGAUAGUUGAGUCCGAAACAAUCGUGAUUUUUCCAGCAAGUUCUAUCCUCAGUCCUCACCACAAACCCUAACCCUAAUUCUGAAGUCCCGACUCCCCCCUUCCCCCCGCGCGUCUCUCUUAGCCCCUCGAGCCAAAAAUGUCGCACUUCGGAAGAACAGGCCCUCCGGACAUUACCGACACUUACUCACUCCUUGUCCUCAACAUUUCCUUCCGUACGACUGCGGAUGAUCUAUUCCCGUAUUUUGAUAAAUACGGCAAGGUCGUGGAUAUCUUCAUCCCUAGAAAUCGAAGGACUGGUGACUCAAGGGGCUUUGCAUUUGUGCGGUACAAGUAUGCUGAUGAGGCACAAAAGGCAGUGGAUAGGCUUGAUGGUUGGUGUCACUCUGUCUCCCCCGUCUGUCUCUCUCUUAAUGAACGAAAAGUUGUUGAUGGUCGAGAGAUAACAGUUCAAUUUGCUAAGUAUGGGCCAAACGCAGAGAGGAUUGACAAAGGGAGGAUUAUCGAACCGUCCUCAAGGUCAAGAAGUCGCAGUCCUCGUAGGAGAUACCGGGAUGACUACAGAGAUCGGGGUUCCAGGAGAAGAAGCCGCAGUCGAAGUUUUGAUAGAUACGAUCGUGAUAGGUAUGGGAGGGAUAGGGGUUAUCGCCGCCGCAGCAGGAGCCGUAGCAUUAGUCCUGAUUACCAUAGGGCCCGAGGAAGAGGUCAUUAUGAUGAUGAGCUUCAAAUCCGAAGCCGAAGCCGAUCAAUGGAUAAUGCCUCCCCUGAUCGGCGCGGCAGGCGUAGCCCUAGUCCUCGCAGAAGUCCUUCCCCACAGAAGUCUUUGUCUCCUAGGGGUAAAAGUUCUGAAAGGCGAAGCCAUGAUGGACGGUCCCCAACUUCUCAUAGUAUUUCACCCAGGGGCCAUCCUGCUGAUUCUCGAAGCCAAUCCCCGUGAAAGUCAGAUGUUGAUAUGACUCAUUAUCUUUGAAUGAUUAUCCUGGUUGUUCAGAAAAUUCAUGGAGACAUCGUUCUGCUGUUCUUAUCUGAAUCCUAAGGGCUAGUUUUGGUUUUAUAGUUAUGUUCGGGGAACAAUGGUGGGGGCUUGAUAGACGGAUGUUGAAUUUUAGCUGUUGAUGCUGUUCCUAAAAUGUAGACGGAUGGUCGUGAUAUUGAUUGCUGGUUGCAGCAGUGUGCUGGUUUUACAAGUAUGAUUGUUUUAGCAGUAUGCUGGUUGCCGAGAGCUAUAUAUGUUAACUAGUUCCCUCUGGAAAUCAUCUUUGGGGUUCUAGUUGCUGUGAUGCUCUAAAGACAAAAGUUGAACGUGUACUUAACCUCUAGCUGACGCUGCACAAUGUGAUGGACCAAUGAUUCAUUUCCGUGAUCUGGCUACUGAACAGAACUACAAAUCUAUAUGUGGGUUCUUGAGUUCUGGUAAAUUUUGCUAGCCGAAAAAAUGAGACACGGUAACGAGUUAUGUGAUUUUGUUUAGGGUUAUUGGUCUUUACAAUGCUUAACCCGUCCUUUAAGAUUAUAAUUUAUGCUUUUUAAUGUGGUGAGAUGUUUUAGCACACGGGUCCAUGACCGUAGCUGUGAAGUGGUUGCUGAUGCCUGUUGUUCUAUGAUUGGCUCGUGAUUAACUCUGAAGUAUUAGUGACUAAACAAUGCCACCUGGCCACUGCUGCCCUUUUGCUUGGUUCGGGUUGGCAAUGUUACUGGCCACUGUGGCAUUGAUUGUAGCUACCUAGCUGUCUAGCUGUGUUGCUUGCUUGCUUGCUUGCUUGCAAAAUAUUUAUAAAUCUGGUCGAACAGAUGCCUGGCAUUUUGCUUUGUGCUCCUGGAUUAAUGGUCUCAUCUCACUGCCACAAGUUUUAUGCGUUAAAAAUCUCUAUUUUA